CAGGAGCGAACAUAGGAGCAGGCGGAGACUGAGGAAAAACGGUGCGUUCUGGAGACGGCUAGCGGUGCGCGGCUAACCAUCUGCGCCCCAAAAUCAACUCUCUCCUCGGAUUCACCCGUUUUCACCCAGAGCUGUGAGCUGAGGAUGCAGUGUGAACAUGGAGGCUCCUGAGUAUCUGGACCUGGAUGAGAUCGACUUCUCCGACGAUUCUGUGUAUUCCGUGUCAUCUCUGAAGAACAUCCCGGAGCUGUCGAGGAGGAGCGAUGGAGCCGAGGACAGAGCAGCCCCAUCUGUCCCCUGGAGCCGCGGCGUCUCGGCUCACGCCUUGUCUGAGGUCCACAGUAAGUUCAGGCCGGUCAAACGUGUCUCGCCUCUGAAGCACCAACCGGAGACGGACGCCAGCGCGGACACGAGUGGCGCUGAGCCCGAGGACGCCAAAGCCACCACGGCCACAGAGGGCGCUAAAAAUGAGCCCGAGAAACCGCCGUGCGCCCAAACCACUGGGUCGAACGCAACCGCCCCUCACGCAACCCACCCGCCCGUCGAGCACAAACACAAACCAGCCGGAGCUCCCCACAGCCUGUUUGGGGAACUGGAGCACUACGACCUGGACAUGGACGAGAUCCUCGACGUACCGUACAUAAAGUCCAGCCCCAUGUCCACAACACUGCCCCGAGCCACACAGGAGAAGAGGAGCACAGCAGGCAACAGUGUGAGUGCAGCUGGGACUCUGGAGAGGAACCAGAGGGGGACAAAAGCCUCGGCUCUGCCCCACAAUGAGACCCUGUCCUUGGGCAGCAGCAGUGCGCAGACACCGUUCUGUGUGUUGUCUCCGGUGAAGUGGUCAGACCUGAGGAAGUGUCGCUCCAUAGAUCCAGACCUCCAUCACCUCCAGCGCUCAGGAGCUUCAGCUGGAGCAUUCACCCCAACAGAGGUGCACUGCUCUGGGCUACUCAGCUGCUCCUCCUCCCUCUCCUCCUUCUCCGACACUGGAUGUCAUUCAGAAAAGCUGCUGUCGGCGCGUGUGUUCCCGGACGUCCAGAGGGCUGGAGGGGAAGCAGGGGGCUCGGGUCUGAUGUUUGCCCAGGGAGGGUGCACCAUGGCCAGGCAGGACCAAACCAAACCCUGGACCCCUGGAGGGCCUGCUCCAGAGAUGGACGAGGAGACCAAGAGGAACCAGAACAUCCUGAACAUUGUCAGAGAGGGACAGAUCUCUCUCCUGCCUCACCUGGCGGCCGAUAACCUGGAGCAGAUCAGAGAUGACCAAAACAACAACCUUCUGCACCUGUCUGCAUCACAGGGUCACAGCGAGUGUCUGCAGCACCUGACAUCUCUGAUGGGAGAGGAUGGACUAAACGAACGCAACCAAGACCAACUCACACCCGCCGGGCUCGCUGUUAAGAACGGGCAUCUGGAGUGUGUGCGUUGGAUGGUGAGUGAGACUGAGGCCAUCGCUGAGCUGAGCUGCACCAGAGAGUUCCCCAGCCUCAUCCACUACGCCGCUCAGUACGGACAGGAGAAGGUUUUGUUGUGGCUGCUGCAAUUUAUGCAAGAACAGGCCAUUUCACUGGACGAGGCCGAUCUCCACGGCAACACCGCAGUGCACACGGCCGCCCAGCACGGACACCUCACCUGUAUACAGACUCUGGUGGAGUACGGCUCAAACGUGACGGUGUUGAACCAGCAGGGUGAGCGAGCAUCCCAGUGCGCAGAGAGACACGGACACACCUCCUGUGCACGGUACCUGGUUGUCGUGGAAACCUGCAUGAGCUUGGCCUCACAGGUGGUCAAGCUCACCAAGCAGCUCAGCGAACAGGCGUCUGAGAGGAUGUCUCUACAGAAGCAGCUCCAGAGGCUCAUGGACCCAAACAAGACGGAGAGCUCCCCCUGCAGGUCUCCAGGUUCCCAUCAUGCCUCAGGGGACGCGUGGCCGGAGCUGCUGCUGACGGCGGAGGUGAAUCCUGGUGAUGGAGCGUGGACAGUGAGACAGCUCCAGAGCAGGGACUCCUCUGAAGCACCGUGCCCCAGGGACAGGCUCCCCACGGCGGGUACAGUGAGCCGCGACGCCCCGUUACCCCCCGGGGCACCUGGAGCCCCCGGAGCCCCGCGCAGACGAGAACUCAAAUUGCAACGAUUCAAAAACCUCAGCCACCGAACCAUGAGCGAGUCUGACACCGAGGCAGUGACAGACCAGAACAACGGCAUCUAUGGCCACCAGUCUGAGGAGGUGAAGCCUGGCCCUGGACUCCGCCCCUCCCACCUCCCCCUCUCCCCCGACGACCAGUCUGUCCCGGAUCAUCUACACCUCAUGAUGAAGAAACACCUCCCUCACUCCAGCUCCAUUUCCUCCUCCCUCUCCUCCUCUUCUGACCAGCGCAAAGCCUUCUCCAUCCGAGAGUCCAAAUCUGUGGACAACUACUGCAGUUACACCCUCCAAGACCACCCUCCCGAACCUCGACCCCCUGACCCCACCAACGAAGACCCAAACAAGGUCGCCACCAGCCCCAAAAGCGCCUUGAAAUCCCCCUCGUCCCGCCGAAAAACCGCUCCCAACCUCAAACUCAGAGUGACGUUUGACGAGCAGAUGAUCCACAAAAACAACAGUACCGCUCCGAGCCAGCAGGAGGCGGAGCCAAGCAGAGUGCAGCAGAAGAGGUCAUUUGGGACAUUCAGGUCGAUCAUGGGAACGCUGAGCGGGAACGCCAACCACAGCAACAAUAAUGGUAACAGCGGAACAGCAGCCAAUCAGAGCGCAGCGGGCCGGAAAGGAGCAAGUCCAGGAGGGGGCGCUAAAGGAAAGAGUCGGAGUAGCAAUGUCUAAAGUUCCGAAAUUCUGAAGGUUUUUAGAAAUACUUUCGCACAACUUAAAGCAACUGUAUGUAAGAUUUAGAUUUGAAACUCCAUAAACGUGACCUCUGUGAACCCAGAUCCUUACGUAACAUUCACGUCAAAUAGUAUUUCUCAUAAUAAUCAUAACGCUGAUUUAUUUUUAAUGACAAAAACAUUGGUCAUGACAUUGUUUUUAUUUAUGUUAUGAUUUGACGUUUUGGUUCAAGACGAUUAUCCAUUCAGAGCCUCACAUGACUCUCUCAUUUGGGUUGCCAGUUCCAAAGCUAAGACAUACAGCUCCUUUAAGUGUUGGUAUUUCACAUUUGACAGCUUAAAUAACAAAUAAAAAUUGCCUCCAAUAUUCAUCAUAAACAGCAAAGACGUUAUAUCAGUAAUAUUUAACGUAAACAAUAGUGAACUGACAACACGACUGGCUGUGGACCUCCGCUAUAAAACACACAAAUCUCU